AUGGUCCUCAAGUGGCUUCUCCUUGCGGGCUCUGCUCAGGCAGCUUUCAACUAUCGCAAGGUCAUGUUCGGUGCUGUAAAAGCUCCCCCCGUCAUCUCGGUGAGAGAUCUAGGAGCAACCGCCGUUGAUCCCUGUGAGAUUAUCAGCAAAGCAUUCGACGCUGUUCCAAAGAAUAUGACAUCCACAAAGCCCAUUAUCCUAGAUUUGAGACCGUCUGUAGCUAGUGCUUGUCGCAAGUCCGUCCCACUCCAAUCGGAACGAAAUCUCGCCCUUCUCGAAUUUUUGCAGCCAUACGUGGAGUACCACAGUACUAUCGAGCUCCUCAAGAGUCCUCCACCGGAGUACUUGACUCCCGGUGUUGAUAUUAUAGGGGGCAUGGACGCAAUGAGACAAAAGCUAAGGAACAAGGGAUAUCAAUCACAAGUUGACGUGAUGACCGACCUGCACAGCCUGUUCGUUGCGGCUAACGAUGAUCACUUUGGCUACACGCCAGGAAUCUUCGCUCCUUUUCGCCAGUUCCGGGAAGGCCUCGACGUGGUUUCUAUCUCUUCGGACGGGCGGGCUCUGCCGGAAAUUUUCGCUGCUCAGGAUAUCUUCGAGUCAGGCAACGACACAAGCAACCCGUCGCCUAUUGCUACGAUUAAUGGGCAAGACGUCUAUGAAUUCUUGGAGAACGAUUCCAUGCGCGUGCCGCAAAGCUCUCAUGAUCCAGACGCAAGGCUCAACGGUCUCUUUCGUUCGCUAGCUUUCGAGGCCGCCAAAUCACCCGCCGGCUCUUUAGCCGUCCUGUUUGAUAUCCCAGACAACUACACCAUUGUGCAUAAGAAUGGCACCUCACGUGUUGUGACAAAUUCCAUCACUACACUUCCAAGCGUGAAUCUAUCGAACAUUCGAUCGGGUCAGGAUUUGCAGAACAGGUUCGAAAUCCCUUCACAGCAAAAUGAAACGGCACCUCCGCCUCCUCAAACAUCAGAGUCACCUGUUGCUCCGCCUGCUCCCGAGCCAACCAUCCCCGGCUACCCAUUGCCGCUCGUCAAGCACCCCGGUGAUAAUGUUGCGAGCUUUGCCCUGAAUGAUACCGAGCUACGCAACACCACUGUUAUCUCCUUUUUCAGCUUCGUGGAUCUUAAUUCGGAUGAUCCCCUGGGUCCCAAUUUUGACUUGAACGGAUUUGUUCGCGGAUUUGGAGAUCUAAUUGACCGAACUGCCAAGGUCGCCAAGGAACAAGGCCGCGACAAGCUGAUUAUCGACAUGUCUGCUAACAGUGGAGGAUCCUUGGACCUUGCCGACUUUGCAUACACGGCACUCUUUCCGGGGGCCAAGUUUGAUGCGUUUGAUAGAUUUCGGAUGAGCAAGGGCCUUGAAUUCACCGGGCGCGUUUUGAGCUACAAUGCCUCGCUAGACAUUCUUGUAGCGUCAGUCGGGCUACCGACUGAUCCGAACAACAAGGCUAUAGAAUCGCGAGAGGCGUUCUUUGAGCCUAAGAUGGUGAAAGGACAAAAGAUGACAGCUGCUUUCCAUCGGGACGUGACGGUGCCUUACUUGCCCGAGCCAGAUUUAUUUCUGCGUGGCUAUGAGCCCAGUACGGCUGGGAACACCAGCAAGCGCGAGCCUCCCUGGAAACCGGAGAACAUUGUGAUCAUGACGGACGGACUGUGUGCGUCAGCCUGCUCAAUCUUCACAGGGUUACUAGUCAGGAAUUUUGGAAUUCGCACAAUAGCACUUGGUGGUCGGCCGAUGAAUAAGCCUAUGCAGGCAAUCGGGGGUGUCAGGGGCUCGGAAAUUUUGUCAAAUUCAAACAUCAAGCGAGCCUCAACAUUUUCCCUUCAAGAAGCAAAGAACAGUCCUGACGGCCAGAAGCUUCUCCAGGAGUUUGGAAAAUCCUUGCCUAGCAUCGAAGACCCCCCUCUGCUUCCCUUUAUGGAGAGUCCGGAAGGGGGCUCUGUGAACUUUCGGAAUGCUCACAGCGGAGACGAUCCAGAGGGGUUUCCAUUGCAUUUCAAGUAUCAAGCGGCCAACUGUAAGUUGUUUUAUACCCGCAAGAUGGCGGUGGACGUGACAGAGUCGUGGCGACAGGUGGCCAAGAUUGCUUUCAGAAAUGGGACUUGUGUUCCAGGUUCAACUGUCAACAGUGAUGGAACUAUGGGAGCCAAAGCCCCUGGGUUCGAUCCCAGCGUUCGAGCUCGAGUCCCUGGAAUUCCCGUGCCAACUGUAUAA